AUAAUCUGCAUGAAUUUUAUUAAGGCUAAUCAGAAAAGCUACAAAAUGCUGCGGUACUCCAAAUUGGUCCUUGUGUUCGGUGCUUUGUUGGUGACACUGGCACUGGUGGCAGAAAAUGAAGUGAGCGCUGCCCCAGCACCGUUUGAAAGUAAGCCGUGUCCUCCUGCGCCAUGCGCUCCACCGCCACCUCCGCCACCACCUCCUUCAUGCCCUCCUGAACCAUGCGACGAUGAGAAAAAUAAGACAAAGAAUAAAAAGGGCAAAGAUUGCUAGGACUGCGGGCAAAGGUCCAGGUCGACUAAAUAACACGUAACGUCAGGAAGAUAUGUGUCUAUAGACUCGUGUUAUUGUAAAAUAAUAAUAAAUUGUGUUGUAAUAAAUAUCAAUUUAUGAAAAAAA